AUGAACGAAGUAUCAGACUUGAAUAUGGCGCCUAAGAAGAAGAUUAUUAUUGAUACCGAUCCUGGAAUUGAUGAUAUCCUCGCUCUUUUACUGGCUUUCUCAGAGAAGUCGGCCGAUGUCGAAGUCCUUCUAGUCUCCUUGACGUUCGGCAACGUGGAGGUAAAAAGCUGCUUGAGGAAUGUCGUCUCCAUGUUCCAUAUUCUUGAGAAGGAGAUGAAAUGGCGUCGCGAGCAAGGACGACCGGAAGGCUUCGAUGCAUUGCGCGCUCGUGCUCCAAUUGUUGCCCUGGGCGCACAGGAUCCCCUAGAGGACCAGAAGAUGUUGGCAGACUACUUUCAUGGAGUGGAUGGCCUAGGUGGCAUUCAUGAUAGUCAUCCUCACCUGACUCCCCAGGACGCAUGGGAACAUCUCUUUGAUCCAACUCACGAGCCCGUGGAGCUCAAGCCCGUCUCCGCAGAGCCUAAUGCGCAUCAAUCUUUUAUUCCUUCAAAGCGCGUUGCGCAUGAGGAAAUCCUCCGCGUACUGCGCGAGAAUGAUCCAGAUACAGUGACCAUCGUCGCUGUCGGACCCCUUACCAAUCUGGCCUUGGCGUCUGCCGCCGAUGCGGAGACGUUCCUCCGAGCCAAAGAAGUUGUGGUGAUGGGCGGAGCUGUGAAUGAACCCGGAAAUGUGACUCCAGUAGCCGAGUUCAACGCAUACGCCGAUGCAUUUGCUGCGGCUCGUGUCUAUGCCCUUACCUCUCCUUCUCCCAAGAGCACUUUGCCUCCAAGCAAGUCUCUCCCGGAUUUCCCGCCCAACCUCAGCCGACAGCUCACUCUCCGCCUGUUUCCCCUGGAUAUCACCCUCAAGCAUGGCUUGAACCGGGGUCAGUUCCGCAAAGCAAUCACUCCUCUGCUUGAAACUGGCUCACCGCUGGCUGAGUGGGUUUCAGCCUUCAUGGCGCAUACUUUCGCUACCCUCGAGAGGCUCCACGCAAACCAGCGAGGAGACAGUGCGGAGCUCAGUCUUCACGAUCCUGUCUGUGUCUGGUACGCCCUGACGGCUGACGACGAGGGAUGGAAACCAUCAGAGAAGUCCCCCGAGGAUAUCCGGGUAGAGACUACCGGCCAGUGGACUCGGGGUGCGUGUAUUGUCGACCGAAGGGACCGACACCCGGUCGAUGGGGACGAGGAAAGCUCAAGCGACCACGGUCUCUGGUUGAGCCGGAGAGCCGGGAACCGGAUCUGGAGGAUGGACAAGUCCCCUGCAGAAAGCAACUUCGGAGAAAUUCUCAUUGAGCGACUGUUCACAUGA